UGCGCCACAUAAAUCCUAUAAUUUCCCGGGUUACGAGCAUAGAUUAAUCCGAAACACUGCGUUUUGAUUGGACCACGUUCCAGAAACCUCUCAAUCUGCAGAACUUGGAACAAAGAAGCAAGCAAGCACAACCGAGUUUGCCUUUUCUACCACUGUCCCCUUCACAACAACCACCAUCGGAAUUCGGAAUUCAAUUAUCCUUUCUCUCUUGCUCCGAGGAUAAUGUAAGAUAAUGCUAGAUUGUUAACUUUCGAUUAUUUUCGGGAACAAACAACAACAACACCUGCGUUUGAAAAUUGAUUUAUCUUCCAGUAACCUCGGCGUAGUUUCCAUCACACGAUUCAGGGAAAUUAAAAUUGCAGUGACUUAUUGGGGUUUCUUCUCUGCUAAAAAAUGGUCUACCCGGGUUCAAUGCAAUUGUCGCGUGACGUUAGGCUCAAGAGCCAUGGCAGAUUUCGCAGUCUCCAUCAUAAUCCGAUGGGGGUUGCUAGAUUACAUUUGGUCACCAUCAAUCUUUUACCAAGUAGUUUGAAGCAUGAUUCUUUGGAUCUACGUCUUCUGAAUAGAGUUCAUGCCCCACUAAAGCAUGUGCCAUCCAGAUCUAAUAUUUUUGUAUGUCGGUCUGUCAUUAUACCGAGUGGAGGGAGUGGGAUUCCACUGAUGAAAUCUGCUAGUGUUUUUUUAUCAAGGUCAUAUGAUGCUUUACUAGGAAGCCCUAUUUUGCUCCGCUUGAUCCCAGCCCUUGGUAUUAUUGCCUUUGCUGUUUGUGGUCUUGAGCCACUCCUACGUCUCAGCAGGAUUCUAUUUCUUCAAAGAACUGACACUGACAGUAGUUGGAACAAAAGUAGUUCGCGAUAUAUAAUGACAUCUUACUUUCAGCCAAUACUGUUGUGGACAGGGGCAAUGCUCAUAUGCAGGGCAUUAGAUCUAUUGGUCUUACCAUCUGAGACUAGCCAGGCCGUGAAGCAACGACUGCUGAAUUUUGUGAGAUCGUUGUCAACUGUGAUUUCAUUUGCUUACUGUCUAUCAAGCUUAAUUCAACAAGCAAAUAAAUUCUUUCUGGAGACAAAUGACUCCAGUGAUGCAAGAAAUAUGGGCCUGGAUUUUGCGGGGAAGGCAGUAUAUAGUGCUGUAUGGGUUGCUGCUGUGUCAUUGUUCAUGGAGUUGCUAGGUUUCUCCACACAAAAGUGGUUAACUGCUGGUGGUUUGGGCACAGUAUUGCUAACUCUUGCAGGUCGCGAGAUAUUCACGAACUUCCUUUCAAGUAUAAUGAUUCAUGCGACCCGGCCAUUUAUUUUAAACGAGUGGAUUCAAACAAAGAUUGAAGGAUAUGAGGUUUCUGGUACCGUUGAGCAUGUAGGCUGGUGGUCACCAACCAUUGUGAGAGGUGAUGAUCGUGAGGCAGUUCAUAUUCCUAAUCACAAGUUCACUGUAAAUGUUGUUAGAAAUCUUAGUCAGAAAACUCAUUGGCGUAUCAAGAGUUACAUUGCUAUCAGUCACUUGGAUGUUAACAAAAUUAAUAUUAUUGUAGCUGAUAUGCGCAAGGUUUUGGCUAAAAAUCCUCAAGUAGAGCAGCAAAGAUUGCACAGAAGGGUCUUUUUGGAGAAUGUAAAUCCUGAAAAUCAGUCUCUAAUGAUAUUAAUAUCUUGCUUUGUAAAAACUUCACAUUUUGAAGAGUACCUCUGUGUUAAGGAGGCAAUCCUUCUGGAUCUUCUCAGAGUUGUCAGUCAUCAUCGAGCCCGGUUAGCCACUCCCAUCCGCACAGUUCAGAAAAUAUACAGAGAGGCUGAGUCGGAAAAUAUACCCUUUGGGGACACCAUUUUCAGUCGAUCCAGAGCAGCGGUGAAUCGACCAUUCCUACUGAUAGAACCACAAUACAAGGUUAACGGCGAAGAUAAAGUUAAACCUUCAACUCGUUCAACCAGUGGAAAUGAGGAAAAAGAUGCCAAGCUUGAUGAAAUUGUGGUAUCUGAUUCCAAUGGAGAUGAUAAUUUAGCAGCGACAUCAACCUCCCCACCUGGCGUAAACUCCAAAGAUAAAUCCAAGUCAAUUUCUGGGGUCCCAAACCAGAACAUGGGUUCUGAUAGCUCAGUUGAGAAGACCUCCAAAACCAUGCAACCGAAAAAGGAAAGUGCAGGAGAUGUAAGAAAGGGAAGUGCAGUACCUGCAUCUAAAAACCUUUCACAAAGUGCUGUGCCUGAAAUUUCUCCUGUUACAUCCCAUGAGUCUGGUACUGCUUCGCAGUCAAAGCAAGAUGGAGAGAAAUCUUCUGUAACUUCAUCACCUGUUAGGUCUCCUUUGGAGGAGAACAUUCUUCUUGAGGUUGCUCUUGAAGGCUCAAAGCGAACUCUUCCAAUUGAGGAAGAAAUGACUUCAUCUCCUACACCUGCAGAGUCACAAGAAUUUGCUGUCCAAAGGAAUGGGAGUGGACCUCCUUCUAACAAGGAUAAGAAGGAUGGUCCUAUAUCUUCAUUUCCAACUACUAAGCAGAAUGAGUAGAUUAGCAGCUAAAUAAUAAGCAGAGUAGAAGCCGAUAUUUUAGUAUAUGCCAUUGAAGUUGUGCAAAAAAUGAAUCCAGCUGUCUUUUUUAAGUUGGAAUUAUGCAUUGUAUUUAUUAUCCCUAGCAGAUUGCCCAUGUAUGUAUAUAAUUAUCAGUUCACGAUUUGCAUCAGUGUUUCAUUUGAAUGCAUCUUGUUUGUAGAUUUGGUUUGUUCCCCACACUGGGAAUGGGCCACAUGAAUUAUUUUUAAUUUAUAAGAGAAGAAAAAAUGCAAUAUUCUAUGCUCGAUCAGAGUAUCCUUGGCAUCUCA